GUUGGCUUUUCGUUUGUUUGUCUUCUCGAUUUCGUCUCCAUGAUCCUAGAUUCCAUGUCCCCUGCUGUCAUCUUCCGCUGGUUUGGUCUUUCAAUAAGGUCUCGUUACACCUAUACGUGCUUGGUCCAAGGUCGUUUUAAUUCGAUCCACAGAGCCAAUGCCAUAUAUAGAAAUGAAGAGCAAGAUAAGCAAGGUUCUUGGUGUCUGUAAGAAACAUAAAGCAACUAUAAGAAGCUCGUCCUCUUUGUCCAAAAUAUCAGGGGACUUGGAAAGCAUGACCACAGCUACUACUCCUACGUGCCACGAUGAUGAGAAACAGCAUCCUGGUUUGGAUACUUUUGCUCGGGAUAGUGAAACCAAUGAGCCCGCUGAAAUGCUUGUUGAAGACACUUCUCAGUCUCAGGCGUUUGCUUCUUCAGUUGAUGGUUCUGAAUCUGUCGAAAAAACGGAAAUUGCUUGCAAUUACAUGUCAAACUCAGAUACAAUAUUUUCACCUGUUCUGAAUGACGAACUGGAUGGAAAUGAUCGAGUAUUUACAGCAGGAAACUCCGUGCACUGGGAAACCCCCAGGUGGGGAGCCGACGAGAGCAGCAACAAGAUUUGCUUUGACAACCAAACGUGCAACGUUUCUGAUUUCUAUAUUUCUGACGUUCUCAUUGCGAGCUUGCCUUUUGAUGAAAGUGGAAAUGAUGCUUUCACUGAAAUUAGCCCCUUGCCUCAUUACAUCUUUCCUGAGCAGUACAUGGUACUUCCUUACUUAGAAGAUGGAUCAGCCAACACGGAUGAUAUUAAGUCAGAUGUUGACAAGAUUAAUCUCGAUAACCAUGACUUGUUUCUGGCGUUCAACCGGACAAGAUCCUACAACGUGGAACCAGAGGAUCAUGCUGAAGCUGAACUAGCUGAAGACUUUGACCCGCAGCUUUUUAUAAAAAAUCAGCCGGAAUUAUCAGAUGUUGUAUCCAAUUACUGGCCUCGGGAUACCCUAAGAAAGAAGUCUGUGACCCUUGUCCUUGAUUUGGAUGAAACUUUGGUUCAUUCAACUCUGGAAUCGUGUAAUGCUGCAGAUUUUUCCUUCAGGGUCUUUUUCAACAUGCAAGAAAACACGGUCUUUGUGAAACAAAGGCCACACCUUUACAGGUUCUUGGAGAGGGUGGUAGAACUGUUUCAUGUCGUCAUUUUCACAGCAAGCCACAGCAUCUAUGCCUCACAACUUCUAGAUAUAUUGGACCCAGAUGGAAAGUUCAUAUCACAGCGUUUUUAUCGCGAUUCGUGCAUUCUUUUGGAUGGAAUUUACACCAAGGAUUUAAAUGUUCUGGGUCUUGAUCUGGCUAAAGUGGCUAUAAUUGACAACUGUCCGCAGUGAGAGUAAGUUUCCUUGCUUGCUCGUUUUUUUUUAAUAGAAGACCUAGUUGUGGGCUUAAAUCUUAUGAUGUUGCUAGUUCUUCUCUGCCAAGAUAGAUCCUAGAAAAUCUUGCAGUUUGUUACAAAUGUACAGUUGGUUAAGCUGAUAUAAUGGAUGUGUACAAAUGAGUUAUUAUUGCGUGAAAUCUUUUUGCAAGUUAACACCAGCUGCGUUCAUGUCUCUCUCUCUCUGGACUCAUUUCCUACUUGGACUGGUAAAUUCAGAACGUUUUAAAUGCGUCUUUGCCAGUCAUAGAAAUACAGAAAUAUAUUCAAAUAAUGCAGAAGUUGUUGAGUCCAUGAAUCUUGAAUCUUCUAUCAGCUUCUCUUGUUUAUUUUAAAGGUUCUGAGCAAAGUUAUCCCACGUUUUCCAUCUCUUGGCUUUGCAACAUUCAGAUGAGAUUUCAUACCUCGAGGUUGGAGGAAUUCUGAGUAUGCGAUGAUCGAGUCAAGCUCAUGGUAUAUAUAUAUAGUCUAUAAUACUCAUUAAAGGUUUUAUGAUUUUGCAUGCCUUAUGUGCAGAUAUCAUCCAAUGAAGUAACGAAACUUAACUAUAUUUAUACGCUUAAUGGAAAUGACAAGAGUAGGUAAGUUUUAAAUCCAUUUUUACUUAGUCCUUUCUUUGGUCUAACAAGCUUCUUCUGCUUCUGGUUUCUUAUUCCCUUCCUCUCCAACCUUGUAAUUUUUUUUAAUACUGAAAGCUGUUUCAGAAUCAUGUUACUUAACUCGGUCCAAAAUCUGAUUAUGUCCCUCUGUUUCUUCCCCUUGUUUCAUGUAGAGGAAAAAAGGUUAUUGUCUUAAUAUCAUACACGUUUUAGUCACAGAUGAUUGUUUAAAUUGUAACUCAGUUUCAGUAAUGCUGUGUAUCAGUUUCUGA